UACUUGCUUUCAUGAAAGAAAUUUUUUGACUGCUUUACUUAGACUUUUUUGUGUAAAUAAUUUGUUAAAUGUAUAAAAAAGGGUGUUUAGAUGUAAUUAAAGUGUUAUUUUUCAUUUUAUAAUGUCAAAUACUUCACUUGAAGGAAAACUUAAAGUAUUACAAGAACGCUUUGAAAAUGAAUUGCGUGUUCGAAGAGAGGAUGCAAUCCACAGCCAAGGUGGUCUUGGAGCUGCUAGAGCUGGGGGCACCCGGAGGCCUAGACCUCCACCCAUGUUCUCUACCAGAGAAAUACCAGCAUUCCCCCCAAGGUCACCUCAGGCCACUGACACUGAACACAGGAUGCGUGAAGUCUAUAAGGUGAGUGGUAAGCUAAAUGUAGAAGGAGUGGAAUACAGAUCCAACAUAGAUGAACUACAACAACUAGGGGAAUUAGGCAGUGGCACUUGUGGACAUGUUGUCAAAAUGUUUCAUAAGACUUCCGGAGCUGUUAUUGCAGUCAAGCAAAUGCGUCGCUCGGGCAACUCUGAAGAAACCAAAAGAAUUUUAAUGGACUUAGAUGUUGUAGUGAGAUCACAUGAUUGCCCAUACAUUGUGAGGUGCCUUGGUUGUUUUGUUACUGAUUCUGAUGUCUGGAUAUGUAUGGAGUUGAUGGCUUCUUGCUUUGAUAAAUUGCUAAAGAAGCUUGGAGCACCAAUACCAGAAGCGAUUUUGGGAAAAGUUACUGUUGCUACUGUGAAUGCUUUAUCGUACCUGAAAGACACACACGGUGUGAUUCACCGAGACGUUAAACCUAGUAAUAUUCUGUUGGACGAGCGUGGGAAUGUCAAGUUGUGUGACUUUGGUAUCAGUGGACGACUUGUUGACUCCAAGGCGAAGACACGCAGCGCUGGAUGUGCUGCGUAUAUGGCUCCAGAAAGAAUAGACCCACCAGACCCAACUAGACCAGACUACGAUAUUCGUGCUGACGUGUGGUCUUUGGGCAUAUCGCUGGUGGAACUCGCCACUGGAGUGUUUCCUUACCGGGACUGCCAGAACGACUUCGAAGUACUCACCAGGGUAAUAGCAGACGAUCCACCACAACUACCUGAAGGCAAUGAAUUUACACCAGAAUUCAAAUCAUUUGUAUCUCAGUGCCUAACAAAGAACUACAGACAGCGUCCGAAAUACGCGAAACUCCUGGAACACCCGUUCGUUGUGAAGUCGGCUAGGAGUUCCGUGUCAGUAGGGGAUUGGUAUUCCACAUUAUUUAUUUGUGGAUCAAGUAAGGCUGGAUCCAGUUUAUCUGUGAAUAAUGGUGAUGGGCCUGUGACCCCUCAACCUGUUAGGAAUUUUGUCACCAGCUCACAGCAUUGGAUGCCUGAGCAAGUUACGCCAACGCCUGCAAGAGCGUGGUGGGCGAACAACGCCAGUCCUGGUGGAAGUAGUUCACAGCCAACUAGCUUAGAGGCUGAACUCUCAAACCACUCACCUUACCCUAGGAGAAGAACAAUAGACGCAUGUGCCUCACCUCCCCCUGCCCCCGUGAGGCGAGUGUCCACAGAUAAUAGAUGGAGAGCAUCGCCUACGAGUUCUGGCAACACUAGUCCCAUAGUUCUGCAAAGGUUUUAUCACCAGAGUCAACAGCGGCGUUCGAGAGUGGACUUGCACGCCACUCCGAGGCAUAGAAGUGUUAGUCGUGAGCACAGCGCCGGAAGGUCUCCAGAACCACCGCCAAGGACCUCUCGACACGCAAAGCCACAUGUGAACGGCAGUAUGGAAUUAGAACCACCUCCCUUACACGAUAGAUUGCACCCACCAUCGCCUUUACUGCUUAACGAUAGGUUAUCAGAAGGACGAAGUCAGAGCUUAACGCGGGCUGAGCUGCGCAACGGGUUCCGCGCAGAAAUAGCUGCGCCUGCGCCUGCGCAUACGCACAAACACCAUCACGAUGACCAAGGCUGGCUGCACUCGCUCGCCGGGCUGGUGAAGCGCCGGCUCAGCGGAUACGUCAAAUGGCAUCAUCUUGCAGCGAGGAGGGACAGGCCUCACGCGCACCACACGGCUGCCACACGAUGGGGAACGAACGAAAGUUGGUCCGUUCCUGCUUCGCCGUUACCGCCCCGUGCGCCGCCGCCGAGACCCGCGGACUAACACACGGACAUAAUUGAAUCACUGAAAAUGGAUAUGAAAAGAAGGAAUAUUGCGAACGCUUGCUAGUUGAGUACAAAUGUUUACAAAUGGGAAAUAUGGCAUGCUGUAAAACCUGACUUGUAAAAAUGAAUGUUUUGUCUUUAUCACUCUCGUGUCGCUUUCAAAGUAAAUAGGAGAUGGCAGAGUCAAACGUUACACGCACAAGGCGGGUUUUAAUGGAAUUUUUCUACUACAAAAAAUUUCUUUGGGCGUUGAAAAUAUUGCAGCAGACGUAUAAGUUUAAGACUUGACAGUGAACUGACAGAUGUCAUUUUGAAGUUAUAUGUUAUGUCAAAUAGGACCAUGCGUUUAUUUCCCAAAUAAGGUAUUGGUCGUAUAUAUUAAGGUCAUCGCGCAAUUAAUGUUAUAUAAAUUAUUAUAUAUUUUUUUCGUAAUUUGAGAAUUGGCGUUAAAAUUAUUAAUCCAUAGAAAAUACCGAAAACUAACACGCAAUUAAUUAUCACAAUUAUUAACUGUAAUAAUUAAGCGCGUGUCAAUAUGGUAAAGAGUACAUUGAAGUAUUUUCAGUAGAACUUAUAAUGAUAUUUAUGAAAUUUGGAAUAUGUAUUCUUGAACUGGGAUGAGCAAAAAAGUUAUAAUCUUAUGAAGUGCCAUUGAGUUAAUAAAAUUAAUUUAAAUCUCUUACCACAUAUAAGAAGAUUAAUAAAACAGCUAUUUUUUGUGUUGGUUUAAGAUCCCUAACGUUCAGAGAACCAAUCGUAAUUGCUACGUGGACGUAAUUCGAUAAAUCCACUUGUAGCCAAUACGAUUGGUAUUUUGCGGAAUCCGGGCUUAGAAUGUUAAUGUUUGGCUUUUGAGACGAGGAACGUAUACGCUUUCAUUGAAAAAGAUUGAAUUUUCGCGUAGAUUAAGUAACGGAUUGAAACUUACUAGAUUUUUCUACUUUAUACUUUCUUUAUAAGCCUCAAGGAAUGACAAAAUAUUUAAAGCAAUAGUUACUGCUCUCUUUUAUCUGUCUAGUAUAAAUCUUUCUAAGUUACUAUCGCCCUUAAAUACCGUGUACUAUAUUAUGUAACCAUGGUUACGACGUUUUUUAAAUAUAAAAUGGAUGAUUAUUAACCCAGUUUUUGUCAGUCUUGUAUUCAAACAGUAUAUUCACUAAUUCGACAUAACAAGACCUUUGUAUACGAAAAGUUCUGGAGCGCUAGCAAAUCAGAUUGGUACAGUAUAAUAACUAUAUAUUCAUAAAAAUCGUGGCAAAGACAAGGUUAGGUUUUUUUAGAGGUUAGAUAAACAGAGAAGUCUGAUGUCCCGUGCGUCAAAUAUGUUUUGAAUUUUGACAAAAGUCAAAGUCGGUCAGUUUCUGUUCUCAGUUAUUCACAAACAAUGUUAGAGUUUGAAGAUGACUUAUUAAUUAGCAUCUACACAAAAGGUAACCAUGGUAACAAGCGCGUUUAGUCCUCUAUAUAUCUGAUUUCAAUGAUUUUCCCAAUUUCUAGUGAUUUUCAAUCUCUUCAAUGUUUAAUAGCUGGCGACUGUUUUUCUGUAAUUUAUUUAGACUAAGAAUGUAUAUAAUAAGAAUCACACUACGACGAGUGACAUAGUUUUGUAUCACUACUAAUAUAUUGUUGAACGGCUGAACGGAUGUGGGUGAUUUUUUUGAGCUUGUAGUACGGUAGACUUAUCCCGGAGAGUGAUUCCUGGAAAGUGACGUUACUGGGAGUAAAUAUAUGCAGUACAAUCGAUUGUCUAUACACGUUUAAAUAGUAACGCUCUUUUUAUAACUGUGAGAUUAAUAGUUGCUUUUGAAAGUAUAAAAGAAUAUUACACCGGUUUCUUAUUAAUUUAUACAAUCGCAAUCGCAAUACAGCCUCUUGUGGGCCUUAGCCUUCUCAAGUAUAUUUCGCCAUCGCAAUCUAUUUAUGCUUUUUGCGUCCAACUUGGAACCCCUAUUGUUUCGAGGUCCUUGACGAAUACAUCCCACCAAUACAGCCUCGGUUUACCGGGUUUUCUCUUGCCGCCAAUUUAGACACACAUGUCCCAAACGUCUGAUGAGCCUGUCGUGUUUUAUGAAUUGGACGAUGUUGGCGUCGUCAACGAUGUUAUAAUAAUAUAAUAAAGUUAGUAGCGUAUACGCCAAACACCGUCGUCGCAAACAAUGGGCCAAAGAAUAUUCCGCUCGAAAAUAAGGGAGCAAGCUCGUUGCGAUGUAUUUAGUAUGUGUUUUAAUACUUAUGCGACUAAUAAUGGGGAUGUAAUAACUUUCUGACGCGGAUAUUUGUAGAAGACGUCUUUUAUUGCUGUAUUCUGUCAUUCGACUCACGUUCACUUAAGCAUGACUUUCGUAUUUCAAAAUAUAUCGGAAUUGGACAUACGUUAGUCAUACUUUGAAUAUUACUCUUGGAAAGGUAGAAAUAAUAGUAAAAAGUACAUUUUGGCGCAGAAAAAUUUCUGCCUGAUAUGAGGAACGAGGCAACGGCGGGAUUCCUAUGUAAAUAUCGUGUAUAGUUUAACUCGUAAACAUUUUAAAGCGAAUUUAGUGUUUUUUGGAAUUAAUGUACAAAUGUAUUGUAUAUUGCGUUUGACCAAAUGUACAGUGUAGAAUAGUUUAGCUUUGCAAUAUCGAAUAUGGAUUUCUUUUUAUUUACGAUGUUUUAUAUCAAUUUUAAGUUUCUGGAAUUGUUUUUAUCUACAGAUUAUGGUAUGUAAAGGCCCUGUUUCACAGAUUGUUUAUUAGUGAAGACGAAGUCACUCAAAGAGCUUAUGUUUCAAAAACAACUUUGGCAAUGUGGAGUUUGAACUUUUAACAAUUAUUAAUUCGAUUUUCGUGUCGUUUUUACUGAAAAUAUACUAAUUUAUAUUUGGUAUAAAUUCUAUAAUAUUUUAAUAAAUAUUAUUCUUUCGUGAUAUUAAAUAUUAGCUGUACUAUCAAUAAACAAGUCCAUUUUGGGGUAAAAUUACACACUGCGUAGUAAACAUUAUUCUAGAUAACUCUCAGUACCAAGAGUUUUAUAAAAUACAAAAAAUAAUGUGAAACAGAGGCUCUAUCAAAUAAUACUAUAGAAAUGUUCGAAUCAAAGUGGAAAAUAAUUCAACUUUAAGUUUUAUAUAACUGCAGUUUCGUCACAUUCGUCUCGACCUCUCCGGUUUUCACACAGAGCGAAAUUCGUAUCAAAAAUCCUGUGACAAAAUACUAUACGUUAAAAAUACGGCUCGACUCUUGAGUUUGACCCUGAUGGAUAAAUUUCAGUAACGAGACUUGUAUUGAAUUUUGACAUAUGGCAGUACAGAAAUUCCUCGGCACGAGUUGUGAUGAGUACAGUUGUUGUAACAUAUUUCUAUAGUGUUAUUAUGUGUAGGUAAUAUUAAGACGAUAGCAAUGUAUGUAACUGCUGCAAUAAUUAAUAUUAAACGGUUUUGGUAUGAGUAUAUCUUAACUUCAGCGUCUAGUCUUGUGUCGCAACGUGCAGUUACAGAAUUUAUUGCUUUAAUUUAUAUUGUUUAUUUUGUAUAUUUUAUGUAAUUAAUGUGUAUUGAAAUAAAUGCGAAUU